AUGGAAUCGUUUACAAAUUAUCAGCUCAACGAUGAAACCUGGGAGCACCUGUGUUCAGUGACGUUUCAAAACAACGUUGAUACUGUGCCAGUUACAAAACAAAGGUGCCAAGCCAAUGCACGGGAGCGUGAUAGGACGCAAAACAGCGUGAACAUGGCAUUCAACGCGCUUCGCCUCUUGAUUCCCACGGAGCCCCCAGAUCGCAAGCUCAGCAAGAUUGAGAUUUUGCGCCUAGCUGGCAGUUACAUCACGCAUCUAGACAACCAACUGUACACUGGUAACAUGGAACAGCCGUGCAUUCAACAAAGCGAUAUUGAAUACAAAAAUACCUCGCUUUGUACAUUUUGUUGGUCUACGAUAAAGAAAGAUAAAUCUUCGACCCUGAUGAACAAAGAAUUUCAAGGACCUUAUUAAUUUUAGAGUAGGCAAUUUUUGUUUUAUUAGACUAGUC